CCCCUUGAGCCAAACAAGCCCUUAGACAAUCUUUCGUCAUCCAUGCUUUCAUUACACUGCAUAAACAAAAGAGGAUAGCGUGAUCACUCGAGCUCUCAUCCCCUCAACAAUGGGGACUCCAACGUUAACAGCAACGCCAAUCCCUAACCCUAACCCUAACCUGGCCUCCUCUCUCCUCUCCAACAAACCCCACCGCUUUCUCCUUCCCAAGCUUCGAUCGUCUCCUAGGGUUAAGGUCGGUGCUUGUCUUCGAAUUCGGGCGUACAUGGAACGCAACCCAAACUCCAUCGGGAGCAUCGCCAGCAAGGUUAUCGGGUCCCUACCCGUUGUCGGUCUCCUCGCCCGAAUCCUCAGCGACGAGGGCGGCGUCGCCGGUGACGUCAUCGACUUCGCCGAGUUCCGGCGGAGGGUCGGCAAGAAGUGCGGGAUCUCUGAUUCUAGGGCUUUUUACGAGUUUCAAGAUCGACGGGGUCGGGCAGGGGAUCCAUUAUAUGUUCUUUUAUGCUGUUGGUUGGCUGCGGUUGGUGCCGGUCUUCUGAAGUCUGAAGAGAUACUAGAAGGGGUGGCGAGACUACGAAUUUCCAACGACAUUGAGUUUGAAGAGGAGAAUUUUAUUUCGAUGAUGAAUGUUGCAAAGGAGGAAGGUCUGUUUAGAGAAAUGUGUUCCUUCAAUGAGAAAACAUGCAGAGACUCUCAUGGAACAUCAAAUUAUGAGCUAUUGUCGUGA